AUGCCCCGCGCCAAGAAAGAAACCCAAGCCGAGAUUACACAACGCACUAUGGAAGAGAUGCAGACACAACUUGCUCAACUUAGUCAAGCAAUGCAAGGUCUUUUAGCUCAACGUAAUGCCGCCACACCAGUAGAAGAACAAGACGAUGAACAGUCCGAUCACGAUGACGAUGCAAACCCAUUUGCAGUUCUUGGAGCAAAUCAACAAAUAGCUCAACCAGCUCAACUUAACGAGCGAUGGGAUCGGAGCUUUAAAUUCAAAAUACAGAGUUCCAUGGCAGCCAGGAUUGAUAUUCAUGAUUCAGACAGGCAACCCGUGGCCCGCUUCAUCGGGGGCUUACGACAACAGAUUCAAUACACAUUGAAUUUGUUUAACCCGCUCACAUUAUCUGAAGCUCAUCAACAUGCCUUAACAGUCGAAGCACAGAGCAAGACAGGUGCCACACCAUGGAACUUGACUCGACAGUGGCGAACGACCCCGACUCCAUCAACAACUACUCCACCAACACUGGCUACCCCAACCGAAACGACCAUCGUUCCAGUUGAUACAGCAACACGUCCAGCUCGUACUGGCAAUUUGUGUUGCUUUGCUUGCGGAGAACUCGGUCAUUGCCAAGCAAAUUGCCCAACCCGCAACAAACGAAGCCUUUUACUUGACUCGUCUGGUAGCGACGUCGAACUAGAAGAUGAUGACGAUGUUCUAGAUGACGAUCAUGAAGAAUUAAUAGCAGAUACUGGAGUUUCGCUAAUGUUACGACGCUCCUGCCUUGCCCCUCGUGUUAACGGAGACUUCCCGCAACGCAACAACCUUUGUCGUUCCCGAUGUACUAUCGAAGGCAAAGUUUGUAAACUUAUUAUAGCCUCUGGUAGCAGCGAGAACAUCAUUGCUGCAGAUGCCGUUAAAAAGUUAUCUCUCAAAGACGAGCUGCAUCCGACUCCUUAUAAACUCGCGUGGUUAUAG